AGAAGAAAAUCCGCCAAGAAUGCACCAAAACAGGAAGAAAAAAAAGCGAGUGAAUUACGGUGUAAGGGCAGUGGAGGUAUUACGUGGAACGAAAGGAUUUGGUUUCACGAUCUCAGGACAACAACCUUGCAUAUUGAGCUGCAUCGUUCCAGGGAGUCCAGCGGAUAUCGCUGGAUUGCGAGCCGGCGAUUAUCUGGUAUCAGUCAACGGUCACAAUGUUAGCAAACUGCCGCACGACGACGUUGUUCAGUUAAUCGGCCGCUCUAAGGGUAUACUGCGGUUGCAAAUAGCCGAGAAUUAUUAUUCCGACUCUUCGGACGAGGAGGGAGUGACAACAGUACGCUGCAAGCCUAAAUACAUUCAUAAACCUCGUGCAAGUAACAUGGGAGCAUUACAAUUACAAUGUAGAGUCGCCAAAGUUGUAAGAGAUUUACAAAGCGGUGCUAUGUUUGAUGCGACAGGGAAAACUCCGCCUGAGUUGCAAAGCCAUGGAACAUAUUGCGACUUGCACUAUCAUUGGGACAUGUCUAGCCCGCUUCCACCGCCGCCGCCGCCGGCUUCCCACAAACGGGACUCUGAAAAAAUAGUGCACAGAACGGUCGUCGGCUACCUUGGAACUAUAGACAUUCCAAAUCAACUGCAUCCCUCUUGCAUGAUGCAGGUGCUGCGAAAAUGCAUCAAGCGAUUGAAGGCCGAAAAGAGAAAUCCGACCACAGUUCUACUGACCAUACACGUAGCAAACAUUAAGCUGACCAACUCGGAGAAUCGCGUUAUAGCAGAAUAUCCGUCCUACAGAAUAAUAUUUUGUGAUUCCUUUUCCGAACAAGACAAGCAAUACUUUGGCAUACUUACUAAGUCCGUUAAGGACAAAGAGAAUAUCGUUUCUAAUUCGUGCCAUGUUUUUACCAUAUAUUAUAAACUGAUAGACCAUGCGGUGCAUUCCAACGUGUGCAACAUAUUUGGGUUUACGUGUACGAAAACUUCCGAGUUGAACGUAUGUCAGGAGUUCCCAGACAGUUGCAACGGCCUGAUCGGUGCUAUACAAACAUUGUAUAUAUCGGAUUCCACGGUGGCUGAUACGAAUCCGUAUAACGAAAUGAGAAGGCAUCAGGAAACUGCUUCGCCACAACCAAGCAAUAUAAGUACAUCGACGGCUCAUUCUAGUAACAGCGAUUCUGGAAUUGGCUACAAGGAGGACAGCACGAGUCGUUCUGAUAAAAAUAUAACGCAAAAUGGAUCGAGAAGACGAUGUCCCCCUGCUCUGGAGUAUAGGAGUGCAUGCGAAUAUUCGACGAGGUUGUACGGUAACGAAGCCGCCGAUUUAAGAUUGACGGUGCGAGCUGUGCCGGACACGUGUUGGAACGAGCCGAGUAAAUCAGACGUCUACAGAGAUAACGCUCGAUCGUUUCGCGAAAGUGUUAUAUUCCACGAUUUCCCGAAUGGAUCGAAUACGUGCGCGGAAAUGGUGGAGAUUUCCGAGAUGCAUUCCGGUGCACAAAAGGGGACAAAGAGAGGGGGAGACUUGCCCACCUGCCCAUUGCCAUCUGCCUCGACGGUGAAGCAGGGGUUGGCUAGUUCGUCCGUUGGUUCCCUCGUGUCCGCUUGUUCCGCGGCCGCGAUGCUGCACGGCGUGAAGGAUCGUCCAGAGAUCUCCGAUUAUUCCCUGAACAGAUUAUUGGGAUCCGCGAGAUCGACGGAGUUUACGGAUGCCGAUGCGCAAUGCGACAAAUUCAGUCCGAAGGUAUUCUCCGGCAUUUCCAAGUCCUUGGUGCACAGUUUCGAGGAUCUCAACACGAGCAUGGAUUACGUGCGACCGCUCUGCGAGACCUACUCGGAUAAAUCGGAUAAUUCGCGGCCUUGGGGAAGUCUGCAAGAAAUUCGGAACGUCGGAACUUGCUCACGGGACAGCUGUUUGCACGGUAGCAGAGAAUUAUGCGAGAAAAAUACGGAUUGCAAGAAUAUCCACGCAUGGGCCAGCGGGUUUGAAAAGUUAUUGGAGGAUCCGAAGGGUUUGCAAACGUUCGCGGAAUUUCUAAAAAAGGAAUUCAGUCACGAGAAUAUUUAUUUUUGGGCCGCCUGCGAAAGGUACAAGGACACGAAAGAUGUUACGACGAGGCGUAAACUAGCGAAUCAAAUUUAUCAACGUCACUUAUCGACGACGGCAGCUGAACCCGUUAACGUCGACAGCCAUGCCACGGGACAAAUAACCCAAGAGCUUCUCGGCGAAGCACCCGCCGAUCUAUUCCUACAGGCUCAGAAACAAGUUUUCAAUUUAAUGAAAUUCGAUAGCUAUCCAAGAUUUUUACGAUCCGAUUUAUAUCGCCGUUGCGUCGAAACAGGAAGCUCUAUAGUCGGAGCGGAAGAUUGCGACUUGAACCUUACCAGUUCUCCUAGCGUAAAGUUAAAGAAAAGUCACUCGGACGCGGAGGAUCGAUGUAGGAAAUCUAUUCUCCCGUGGAACAGAAAAAACAGGUCUAAAUCGAAAGAUCGCGGAGAGUCCGAGUACAAUAAAGGCCCCAGCAGAAACGAAACGAUAUAUAAGAGUUUUACAACUAUAAAAAGAGAGACGGAAGGUAACAACAACGACGACACUGUUUCUAUAUCUAGCAGCAGAUCUUCGCUAGCUUCGUGGGAUUUGGCGUUGAGGCAAUCGAUUCACAAACACUCUUCGUCGUCGUACGAAGGACAGUCGAACGAUACAAAAGAAGUUCGUGCCAAGUGUACCGGUUUGUGUCGAGUAAUAUUGCCUGACGGAUCGACCACGGUUGUACCAACGAGCCAAACGGAGAGUAUUAAAGAUGUGGUUACGCGUCUACUCGAUAAAAGAGCUCUUCGAUAUUCUAACUAUGACGUUUUAAUCCUAGCUACAGAAGAGACGAUAGAGACGAAAUAUCCAUCGUCGGCGUUGGCUGGCCAAGAGGUGGAGGUCGUACCAACGAAAGUAUUGAAAGUAGAUUUACCUACUCGGCGAACGAUAACUGUGAUCGCGCAUAAAGGGAGAACUCUUAAAGAGGUGCUCAGACCGCUUUUGAACAAGUACGGUUUCAAACUUGAUGCGAUCACUGUAUGGAGCGAGAACCAUCCUCUUUACAUGGACAUACAAGCGAUCGAUGCGCCUACGAGACUGAUUUUGACCAACGGAAAGGACGAAGAUCUACAAAAAGGAUUGCUUACGCAAAUUAAAUAUGGACAGAGUGUAUUACAUUCCCAGCCGACGUUGGACGAGAUUACCAACAGAGUAUUUGAAGAACUGCUGGUGGGCAAAGCUUCGAGUAAAUAUCAUUACAAUGACGGUUCAUGUAAGUCUGACGAUCAACGCUCCGAAGGCUCUUCUAUUUUGCCGAGCAAAUUUUUUCUUCGCGAUUCUACGAUGCAUGGAAAGAAGAAGGGUGGGAAGACCAAGUCUAACACGAGCGAGAGAAGUAGUACGAACGAUUACAUGUCCGAGGAUACGACCAAGUCCCAUCCUCCUCCUUUGAUAGCAAAGUUACGGAACGGUGUGAAGCUACAAUUGCCGGGAAAAUUUGAUGGCGAUGAUUUGUACGAAGGUUUGAAACGUGCGCAAAGAUCUAGAUUGGAAGAUCAGAGAGGUACAGAAAUUAACUUUGAGUUGCCUGACUUUUUGAAGAAUAAAGAGAACGGGAAGCCGAUGGAUCGUGGCAAAAUUCGAAGACCUAGGAUAUCUCCUAAUUGCGAAGCGAACUCAAAGUUUUACGGCGCAAUGUACGAACGGCAGAACUGCAAUGAAUACGAUCAGAAUUCGGCAGCUGAAACAACGACGAUGAUGACUCUAGCGACGACGGCUCUGGUUGCUUCAUCGAAGAAUGGGAAUCCUGACGAACGGCUUCGUACGUCGAUCACUGGAAAGGAAUCGCAGAGUAAAUCUCCAGAUACUUCGUACAGCUUAGACACGACUUUAACGGACGGAGAUCAGACAGUCGUGGAGAACGGUUCUUGCUCUCGAACCGCUUCUUCGGGUUCGUUCGACUCACGAAUCAACUCGCCAGGCGCAACGAAAUCGCCGAAACCUCCUCCUCCUCUACCGCCCAAACCGAAAAAUCUCGUGACAAGCGCAACGAAAACUGGACAUAUCGUAACUUUCAAGUCUUUACCAAAGUCCAACCUCGCUGUUCCUUUAAACUCGACGGAAUUAUCACGGAACAAUGUUUUAUAAGAUCAUUGAAUCAAGAGAAUGAUGCGACGUCCAUGUUCGACGUUGCAUAUAAUUAUCCUCGUACUCGAACACGAUUCACAUGAAAGAUCAGUAUGCAAAGCUUGUAGUAUUAUUUAGUGCCUGAUACGAUUCGUAGUAUUUCAUCGGCUAGCGACAAAGUACACGUGUACCAAGUUUUACGAAGGUGCCUUCGCUUGAACCGCGUCUAUAACAUCCGUUUUAAUCAUUUACAAUAAUCGUAAGUACUCGAGACGUAUUUAUAAUGAUUGGAUAGUACGGCUGUUACUCUCCUGGUUAUAUAGGAUAUAUUUUAUUAUUGUAAUUUAUAGUGGACGGACGAACGUUGUUGUACGUAAACGAUGGAAAAAAAUUGAGAUUUUAUACGUGACAAAUAAAUUAUGCCAAGUCUGUUUUAUAAAAUU